AUGUACCGGCAGAUUCUCGUGCAUCCAGACGAUUGUCGCUUCCAGACGAUCCUGUGGCGGCAUUCUCCGGACGAUGAAGUGCAGGAAUACCAGUUGAGAACGGUCACUUACGGUCUCGGUUGCGCUCCAUUCCUCGCCAUACGGACUCUUCACCAACUAGCUGAGGAUGAAGAGGAGCAUUUUCCUCGAGGCGCUGUGGCCUUGCGACGGGAUUGCUACGUCGAUGACGUCGUCACCGGAGCAACCACCCUCGAGGGAGCAAUCGUCCUCCAGACGGAACUACGCAACCUCUGUAAGGCGGGUGGAUUUCCGUUGAAAAAGUGGGCAGCCAACAAUGAGGAGAUACUGACAGGCGUCCCGCAGGAUCAUCGCAUGCAACAAUCGCAGCACUCAUGGAAUGGGGAGAGCCACUCAACGCUAGGACUUCGAUGGCAUCCUCAAGACGAUCAGUUCUCCUUCGUGCUGCGUCCACCGUCUAUAAAGGAAUACACGAAGAGACAUGUCCUCUCUGAAACCGCACGUCUCUUCGAUCCAAUGGGUUGGCUCGCUCCAGUCGUCAUCCGCGCGAAGAUCCUCAUCCAGACUACGUGGCUUCAGGGAUUGGAUUGGGAUGCCCCACUGCCGACAGCCGACGCUCAUCGUUGGCAGCAACUGCUGGGUGACCUCCAUCUCCUCGACCGCCUGAGAAUACCUCGCUGGCUAGGCACUGGACGUGGAGACUCAUCGCUGCAACUCCAUGGUUUCGCCGAUGCAUCCGAACGAGGGUACGCCGCAGCCGUAUACCUCCGCAUCGCUGAAAAAGAGGGAACGUCAGUGAAGCUGCUAAUGGCCAAGAGCAAGGUGGCACCUGUCAAGCAAGUGACCUUGCCAAGACUCGAGCUUUGCGCCGCCGCCUUACUCACCACGUUGACACAGCAUGUUCAAACCACGCUCGACUUGACAGACACACCAACUCAUCUGUGGUCUGACUCGAAGGUCACGCUUCAGUGGAUCCAAGGACACGCCUCGCGGUGGAAGACCUUCGUUGCAAUCGGGUGUCCCACAUCCAAACCCUGUUGCCAAAUGCACUCUGGAGACACGUGGCGGGUCAAGACAACCCUGCGGAUUGUGCAUCAAGGGGCGUUACUCCGUCGGAACUUACAAAUCACGCAUUAUGGUGGACGGGACCUACCUGGUUGCUGGAGGAAGAGACUGCAUGGCCAAUCGCCGAGAUGA